CCCCCAUUACAGCCCUUAGCAACGAGGAUUAAAUAAUGGUGAAAAUAUUAUUUUAGCUGCAUUUAAUCGUACAAAAGAACUAGUUAGUAAUUUGAAUAUAUUACCUUCAUUAAAGAAAUGCAAUGCUUGUGAACUUAAUGGUUUAAGUAAAAAUAUAUUUGAUAGUAUUAGAUCCAACAUUAAUUCGGAUACUUAUUCGGCAACGGAUGCAGAUUCUUCAUCAGAUUCUGAAUCUGAUUAUGAUGAUGAAACAAUGGAAAGUAAUGAAUUUAAUAGUGAUCUAAUCAAUGUAGAUGAAGAAGAUAAAGAUGCGGCAACGACACAAAGUGUUGAUGAAAUUAAAAAUUAG